GUUUCUGUUUUGUCUUCAUUCGGUGUUUGACGUGAGCGCACGAGUUGUUGCAAUUUUCAUAAAAUAGCGGAAGAUUCGGUUCUUUCAUAAAACCAUUAUUGUACAAAAGUGUAAAUUUCUGGUGACUAAAGAAUUUAAACUAUUACUAAUUAAUAUUAACGGAUAUUAUUGUUUAAGUAAAAAUUAAUAUACAAACUUGUGUUAGUAACUUUGAAGAAGUGACAAAGUGAGAUAUAUUCUCAGUAACUUCUCCAAAUAUUCUUGUAAGAAGCGCGUGUAGCUCACUGUCGUAAGGUGUAUGUAUGUAUGUAUAUGAGCGUGUUUAUGUGCAUCAAGAAAGAAAGAAAGAAGGGAGAUAAACAAAAAAGUGCAUUUUAUAUGAUAAGCAAUUAAAUAAAUACAUGCAAGUAUAAAAACAAAACAUAAGAACACGUGCUUUUAUAAAGCAGACCACAACAAAAGAGCAAGUGGAGCCUGGAGCCGCUAAGAAAUUGUAUUUUCGUGGAGAAAGUGCGAAGACUACACGAAAUAUAUUAAUUAAUAUUAUCUAUUUAUCUGAUUGGAGUAAUUUAGGGCGUUUAAAACAAAACAAGUGAAAAUGGUGCAGGCUCUCGACUACGACUGCCACGUGCAGCAACAGGACAUUCCGCAGGCCAUACAACUGCUCGGUGAAAUGAAUAGUAAUGUUAAACAAGUCACCGAUCUGGUUGAGAGCAUGUUACAGCGCGUCAAACGCGGCGAACUGACAACAGAAUAUGGGCUAAGCUUUCUCGAAGUCAAAUAUCACAUGCUGCUCGAUUAUUUGAUAAAUCUUACCUACGUUGUAUUGCGCAAAUGCUCCGGCGAAACAAUCGAAGGUGAUCCAUCCAUUGAGCGUUUAAUUGAAAUACGCACAGUUUUGGAGAAAAUACGACCCAUCGAUCACAAGCUGCGCUAUCAGAUCGAUAAACUUGUGAAGACAGCCACCACCGGUGUGUCGAGUAGUGCCGAUCCGAUUUUGUACAAGCCAAAUCCAGAUAAUUUACUCACUAGCGCUGGCGGGAAGGAUGAUGCUGAGGAAGAUGAAGAUGCAACAGAUGAUUCGGCAUCGGAGAGCGAGGGUGACGAUGAGGAGGGCGAGGCAGGUGUGAAGAAACCCAAAAAAGGCGCUACAGCGGGCAAAACUGGUAUUUAUGUGCCGCCUAAAAUUAAGCCUGUUUAUUAUGAUGGCGAUGAGAAAUCCAUUGAUAAGGAUAAGAAGAUGAUCGACCGUGCAAAGAAGCGGGCCAUUACCGCAUCCAUGUUGCAAGAUUUGAAGGAAGAAUAUCUCGAUGCACCUACCGAAAUCUCAUCUGGUUCACGCGCACAACAAUUACUCUCCAAACAACAGAAAGAGAAACAAGAAUAUGAAGAGACCUACUUAAUGCGUCUGCCGGUAACCAAAGCGGAAAAGCAUCGUCAACGCAAGUUGACCACUUUGGCCACACUCGGCGAUGAGAUACUCGGCGAAAUUAGUCGUGAUCCAGCGUUACGUGGCGAGGGUGCCAGCGGUGGCAGUAAAAAACGCAAAUUAAAGGGCAAAGGUAAAAAGCGUGGUGGUAAAAAGCGGAAGUUCCAUUAAAGAAAUGAACACAGGAGGCAAGCAAUCGCAAAAUAAAGCAAAUAAAAAAAUAUAUAUACAUACAUACAUUAUUUUAUUGAACGACAAGAAGUAUAAAAUUAA